UCUCGCGCAUGCGCAAUCAGCUUCUGCGCUUGUCAUCAUGGCGGCGCGGGGACAUGUGCAGGAUCCUAACGACAGGCGACUUAGACCCAUCUACGAUUUUCUGGACAAUGGAAACAACAAGAUGGCAAUCCAACAGGCUGAAAAGCUGCUUAAAAAACACAAAGAUUUGCACUGUGCCAAGGUGCUUAAGGCUAUUGGUUUACAAAGAACUGGGAAGCAGGAUGAAGCAUUUGCACUGGCACAGGAGGUAGCAGCUCUAGAGCCCACUGAUGAUAACUCUUUACAGGCCCUAACCAUUCUUUUCAGGGAAAUGCACAGACCGGAAUUAGUCACUAAACUGUAUGAAGCUGCUGUGAGAAAGGUCCCUACUAGUGAGGAGUACCAUUCCCACCUUUUCAUGGCAUAUGCCAGAGUAGGAGAGUACAAGAAAAUGCAGCAGGCGGGAAUGGCACUUUAUAAAAUUGUCCCCAAAAAUCCCUAUUAUUUCUGGUCUGUAAUGAGCCUGAUAAUGCAGUCUAUUUCAGCACAUGAUGAGAAUCUUUCAAAAACAAUGUUUUUACCACUGGCUGAAAGGAUGGUUGCGAAAAUGGUAAAAGAGGACAAGAUUGAAGCUGAAGCUGAGGUGGAAUUAUAUUACAUGAUUCUGGAGCGUUUGGGUAAAUACGAGGAGGCCUUGGAGGUCAUAAGAGGCAAAUUAGGAGAGAAGUUGACCAGUGAGCUGCAGAGUCGUGAAAAUAAAUGUAUGGCCAUGUACAAGAAGUUAAGCAAAUGGCCAGAAUGCAACGCUCUUUCCAAAAGGCUGCUACUGCAGAACUCAGAUGAUUGGCAGUUUUAUCUCUCCUACUUUGACUCAGUAUUUCACCUUAUUGAUGAGUCUUGGACUUCACCAGCAGAAGGGCAGAUGUCCCUAGAGGGAGACUUGGACUACACUGUAGAGCAGACAGUGAGAUUUAUUGAAGAGCAGGUAACUGGUGCAUCUAAAAGCUCUCGACUGCUUCGUGGGCCAUAUCUGGCCAAACUAGAACUAAUUCAGCGACUAAGACAGCGAGGUUGUAAUGAUGAGCACAAGCUGGGUGAACCAGAAGAUCUGAUGUUCCAGUACUUUAUUAAAUUUGGUGAUAAGCCAUGCUGCUUCACUGAUCUUAAAGUCUUUGUGGACCUCCUUUUUCCCAGCCAAUACACCAGUUUUAUAAACAGAUUACUUGGGUCAUUACCUUUGACUCCUCCAGAAGAUAGUGAAUUUGCUCUGCCAGCUGACAUCAAGGCUCUGCAGAGGCAUUUGUGUGUGGUGCAGCUGACCAGGCUGCUUGGCCUUUACCAUAAGAUGGACAAGUCCCAGAAGCAGAGCGCGGUGCGGGAGAUGACUAUGAGAUACAGACAUGGGUUACGGUUUGGAAAGUCCUGCUUGAAAACAGAAUUGCAGUUCUCUGACUACUACUGUCUUAUAGGAGCUCACAUGCUUCUGGAUUUGUGGGACAAUGGGGAGGAAUGGGCUGUAUGGCAUUGUCUGACUUUGUUAGAAGAAGGAUUAAGUAAUAGCACAUCUAAUGCCCAGUUUAAACUGCUGCUUAUUCGCAUUUACUGUGUGCUUGGAGCAUUUGAACCUGCCAUGGAACUUUAUUCCAGCCUAGAUGCUAAACAUAUCCAACACGACACAAUUGGUUAUCUGCUGACGCGUUUUGCAGGUUCCUUGGGUCAAUAUGCAGCAGCAUCACAAGCCUGCAAUGCUGCUCUUAGGUUUUUCCACUCCAACCAGAAAGAUACCUCAGAAUAUAUUAUACAAGCUUACAAGUAUGGAGCUUUUGAGAAAAUACCAGAGUUCAUUGCUUUUAGAAACCGGUUAAACAACUCCCUUCAUUUCGCACAAGUUCGCACUGAACGAAUGUUGCUUGAUCUCUUACUUGAAGCUGAUCUCUCCACUAGUCUAGAAGAAAGUGUAAAAUCCAUGAGCCUGAGGCCAGAGGAGGAUGACAUUCCAUGGAAAGACUUACGUGAUAAUCGGGACCUCACUGUCCUCUUUAAUUGGGAUCCAAAGGACAGGAACAUUUCAGAAGACCAUCGUCUGCUUUCUCUUGAGGAAGAACGCAUCUGGUUGCAUAUCCGAUCUCUAACUCUAAGACUGAUUAGUGGACUGACCACUCUUGGCCACACGGCUCAGCUAAAGAAUUCUGAGAAGAGAGCGGAGAAUGGAGUUUCAUCAAGGAUAGACUCUGUCCGGGUCUUGAUGCGCCAGUUUGAAGAGAAUAUGGAUUCUGGCAAGCUGUUUAUUGAAAAACAAAUCAGGUAUCCUUUCCUUGGUCCUCCAGCAUCUCGACUCAAAGGAUUCUUGAGAAGUGGAACCUGUCAGUGUCAGAAAGGAGCUUUUCAGCUUGUGAACGACAUCUAUGAAUUGGAUACAAAUGGAAUAGAUGAUACCUGUGAUGUGCAAGAAAAAAUAGGGAACAGAUUAAAUUCCUCUGUUGAACAGUUAAGAGAUCUUUUCAAUCAGUGUAAAGGGGACCUAAUGGAUGUUCAAGGUGGACACUGCAGAACAUUCCCACAUAUAAUAGAGAACUUGGUGUUCUUCAUUGAGACAGUCUCUGUUUUGCUGUGGGUGUCGAGUUAUUGUGCUAGUGUCUUGAGGCCGCUCAAAUCAAAUCUACAAAAGAAGAAAAAGAAGAAAAAGGACAGUGGUACUUUGCCUCCAGUAUUCACUAGUUUCUUGGAUUAUGUUACUGCGCUGCAAACUUUAUUAUCUAGCAUGAUGGAUCACAUAAGAGGCCUUGAGAUCUCCCUCACUGCACUGAAACUUGAAGAACUUUCCUUGGACAAUAUAACUUUUUCAGAGGAUGAAAAGAAGUUUACAAAGCUGGCCCUAGACAAGGUUCACAACAGUUACCUGCACUCACUUCAGGAGAUUGGAGAGCUCAUUAGAAAAAGACUUGAAACCAUCAAGAAACUAAAAAUAUAGAAUUUAAUCCUGCACUGGACUUCUGAUUAUACUGAAAUAUGGAUGAGCUUGUGGCAGCCAUCUUUACUUUAAUCCAGAACUUCCUCAAAAAUGCAUGAAGGACUUUAAACAUCAAGUCUUUUUUUUUUUUAGGUGUUGAAAAUUGAAAUAUAUACAGUUGCUUUAAAUUAUUGUACAUAAACUAGAAGCUGGACACACCCUGGGCUUGACCACUUUUUAUACAUGUUCAUACACCUAAUGCAGCAGCAGCAGCAAAGAACUUUCAUGCUUAUGACUUUUGAAAAUCUGUAGAUGCAGCAAUAGACUCCAGCUUCAUCUCAAAGGGCGAUUUUGUUCAGAACUACAAAUUUUUAUUUAUUUAAUUUUUGUAAGGUUCAUUUAGAACAUUUGUCAUUGACUAUCUUUUACUUUAAGUCCUCACAGAUUUUUUUUCCCCCAGUUACCGGUCUUAUUCUUUUUCUUUGACUGGUUUUUCUUUUCUUUAGGACUUCAGUUUCUAAAUAGGGCUUUGCAUCUAUAGUUACAAAUGUUAAAAACCACCCACUGUCUAUAAUUUAAGAGAUGGACUAGAGACAGCAUACAAUCUCUAUAUUGAAAGUUGCUUGGAAUUUGAAGAAUGUCAGUCUGUCCAGGAGGACAUCAUAUUUGGCUCAUGUAAUAUCAACUGAAAUACUAAACUUAGGAUCUUAUUCAUGAUUAUUAUGUCUGCCCUUUUCAGCCAUGCCAAUUGAUCUUCAGCUAGUUUUUGAACUUUUAACUAGUGUCCCGGUGCUUUAACAUGGAGUAUCUUUGUUCUUGUGCUCAUGUUUCUAGAAGAAAAAUCCUAUCUUUUGGGUCUGAAAAGGCUGGCAAAAUGUAGUUCAUAUGGUUUGAUGCUAAAAACAUUACAUUCUUUGUAUGCUUGUUUAUGCAAACCUGUCCGUUUUGGUAUUUAUAGAUCAAUACAAAUAAUAACAAGCCAAGCUGAUUAAAAAAAAAAAAAAAAAACACCUGCUCGAUGUGCAGCUGAAUUAACCAGCAAAAAAAAACAAAAAACUUUUUAGACCUAGGAUUGCCUGCGGUAUAUUCAGACUUUUACAAAUCCAUUAUUUCCUGUAACAUCUCUAAAAGCUGUACUUGAGGUCUCAGAAAUUCUGACAAUCGAAAACAUUGUCUCAUACUAUGGAUACAUUUUGUUAGUUAUGCUAGGUGGUUGAUGAGAGUAUUUUUAAAAUAAAUCCCUAUGUAAUAAAAAUAAAGGUUUUCUUUUUUCCCUAUCUCACCUUCUGUUAAAACAAAAAACACUUUUAGAUAUUGUCCGAAGGUUCUGGAUAUUUUAAAAUUUAGGCUGGUACCAGGAAAAUGAACAUAUCUUUCAUUUAAAAUAAAUAUGCAAAUAGG